AUGAGAGAUGCCGACAUGGAUUCAGCAAUGCAUCGACGCCCCAGUAUGCCUGGUCUUCAAUCACCACCGCCAGCUCCAAGUUCAGCUCCAAACAACAAAUUUGGAUCUAAUUUUCAUUCCCGAGAUGUUGCCAUGAAACACGAUCAGAGCAGUAAAGGUUACGACAACGACGACCGCGAACGCGUCCGCGAUCGCAGGGAUCGAGAUAGAUUUGAUUCAGACCGUCGAGCUACGGCUAUCAGUUCCCACUCUAAGCCGCUUACAUCGCGAUCUCAGUCGCCUACUUCUCGACGUCCCGAGGAUCAUAGUGUUAGGACUAAGAGUACCCGCGACGAACCAUUUCCGCGGCAAAGUGAUAGGCCAUACAAGUCUGAUGUAAAUCAACGUGGUCGAUCGCAAGACCGAGAAGGGAAUCUAGAAGAUAACAGUGCUCGCGAAGUUAGCGAUCGCCUUUUGCGAGACGAGCAGGGUCAGAAAUUAGACCGCAGCAAACACCGCAAUAUACCUACGUCUCCUAGACACGGCCCCAGGAGUAACGAUUACGCGAACCACGGUGCUAGAGGCCGAUCCUUCUCACCAACCUCCAGAAAAAGGCGGAGGAGCCGGAGCCCGCUCCCUUUCCCACCUCCGCGACCCAAGAAAUCUAGGCGCGAGCGUGAACGGGACCGUCGACGUCGAGCAGAACGGGCGGAGAGAGAUCACCUAAAAGGUUCAAUUCCUUCAGCCUCUCGUAGACGUUCUCCUUCACCUCCUUACGACAACGAGCCUCACUCUAGGCGUGCCGACCGUAACGAACCAUUCGAACCGCGUCGAAAUCAUCAUCGUAGUCGUUCACCGGUUCAUGAAGAUAACUCUGAACCGGAUCCUUCUUUUGCUCCACCUCACCCGCGAGCAGAUUCACAAAAUCGUGGUCGCAGCCGUUCUAGUUCCCGACGAUCAUCCUUUUCGCGUCCACAUUCAUCACAUCGUCCGCCUGAUCGACAUCAUCACGGUUCGUCUGAAGCUGGUUCACGAUCACGUCGAUCAUCGCCUGCUAUCGAGCCCCCUAGAUCUGAAUUUUUGCCCAGGUCGCCCAGGGAGCGCGGGUCUCGCCGUUCUCGCAAGAAGGGCAAGCAUCGUGAAGAGUCCAAAUUCCCUCUCGGGGGUCAGUUGGCGUCUGGUGCAAACAGUAUCGAAGUUAAUAUGUCCAGACGGUUAGAGAACCGAGGGACUUCUAAUAUACAAGCGCCUCCUACCCGCCCCGGGAACUCCCAAUAUAACGAUCGCCGACCUGCUCGUUCGCCGCGUCCUAAAUCACGCUCAUCUUUUCAAGGUUCCCCAACGUCGCAAUCACCUUAUGGUGGUGGUAGAGCAACUUGGAGUAAUCAACGCCAAGGCUCGCCUCAUAGUCAAUAUUCUACACACCAACCCCAAAGUAGUCAUGGGCCUCCUACAGGCCCUUCGGCUCACCACCAGUCAGCCCAGUCACCUCAACCGCCUACCGGUCCCAUGUCCCAAUCUUACUCUCACAGCCGUAACUUUUCCAGGGGGGGCUUUCGGGGUAGCAUGCAUCCUGCCCGAGGUAAUUAUCGGAGUGUAGGGGGCGCACAGAACGCCCAGCGAUCAGAUACCGGUAGAGGUAUCCCUAACCAUUCCAGAGAGAAUACUCCUCAACAUCACCACAGCCCACAUCAUUCUACUUCAAGCCACCCAGAUGUAGCCGGAGCAAAGGAGGAUAGAGAUGAUGACAACGCAUCCAGAGAAUCAAAGCCUCAUAGUGAAGAUUUGCUGUCGGAGAAGAAUGUUAACGAGCAGAUGCCUCCGCCUCGACCCCCUCCCACAGCUCCGACAGGUCCCGCAAGCUCGAAAUUUAGUUUUGCGUUUAAGACGACGAACAAAACUCCAGUCGCGACCCCCAAACCAGAAAUCUCGCAAAAGUUCAACACGGCUCCUAAGAAAGAACUACUACCAUCUACUGACGACCGAGAUCGGGAUCGGGAUCGAGACCGUGAUCGAGACCGCGAUCGGGAUCGUGAGCGGGAGCGAGAACGGGAACGGGAUAGGGAAAGAGAGCGGGAACGGCAACGUGAGCGGGAGCGUGAUCGUGAUCGAGACCGAGACUUACCUCGAGAUACUCCAAGAGAGCCUGCUUCUGCAAGAGCAAGAUCCGAUUAUCAUGCCAACAGAGCUCCUCCUGAGUUACCAAGGACACGAAAGGUAAAGAGGAUACAACGAAGAUUGAAGCCUAAGCCUCAAUUACCGACAGACCUCGCUACGUCUGAUUCGGUGUUUUUUAGAAAGCCUGGCAACGAGUCAGUUGUGGGCUCAGGUACAUAUGGCAAAGUCUUUAAGGGCCUCCACGUGUACACGAAGAGGCUUGUUGCUUUGAAGAAGAUACGUAUGGAGGGCGAGAGAGACGGAUUCCCGGUUACCGCGGUGCGGGAAAUAAAGCUUCUCCAAUCCCUGAAGCAUCGAAAUAUUGUUAACUUGCAGGAAGUCAUGGUCGAGAAGAAUGAUUGUUUCAUGGUUUUCGAGUAUAUGUCUCACGAUCUUACGGGCUUGCUUAAUCACCCAUCAUACAAGCUUGACGCAGCACAAAAGAAGCAUCUUGCCCUACAAAUAUUCGAAGGCCUCGAUUAUCUGCACAAACGAGGAGUGUUGCAUCGCGACAUAAAGGCAGCCAACAUCCUUGUCAGUAACGAAGGGGUCCUAAAACUAGCAGACUUUGGUUUGGCGCGUUUUUAUGCCAAGCGUCAUCAGCUCGAUUAUACAAACCGCGUUAUUACCAUUUGGUACAGAUCCCCGGAGCUUUUACUUGGCGAGACGCAGUAUGGUGCUGCUGUGGAUAUAUGGAGCGCUGCCUGUGUCAUGGUGGAGAUUUUCACUCGACAUGCUAUCUUUCCUGGCGACGGCGGCGAGAUUAACCAGUUGGACAAGAUAUACGCCGUGCUUGGUACGCCAAAUAGGACAGAUUGGCCUGCCCUUGUCGACAUGCCUUGGUUUGAGUUACUGAGGCCUGGAUAUCGACGGCCUAAUGUCUUCGCCGAGAAAUAUAAGGAACGAGUACCAGCAGCUGCCUUCGAACUGCUUGCCGCCAUGUUUCAAUACGAUCCAGUGAAACGUCCGUCGGCCGCUGAAGUUUUGGAACAUCCCUACUUCACAACGGAGCAACCGCCUGCAAGGCAAGCUGUUGAGCUUCGUGAGCUUGAGGGUGAGUGGCAUGAGUUCGAGUCGAAGGCAUUGCGCCGAGAAAAAGAGAAACAGGAAAGAGAUGCACGACGCGCUGCUAAAGAAAUUAGCGGGCGCGAGAAGGAUAAGAAACGACCGCCAUCACCCCAUGAGUCUCAGCGAGAUAGCAAACGACCGCAUGUUGAUGGGCGACCACCUACAUUGGGUCGAGCUUCGAGUUCCAAUGUUGUCCAGUCCGGCGAACCUGCAGUGAGCGAAAUGGCACCAGAGUAG